AUGCAUGAAAUCAGACAGCACCCGAUAGGCAUGUGGACCAAAAAUGCAGGAGAUCCAGUUGAUAUCCGUGACACCAUAACGAUUAACUCCGAUCAAUUCAACAAUCAGUUGCUCAUAGAUGACUUAUCGACAUUUGAUGGCGAAAGAAUACCUGAACGUGUGGUACACGCGAAGGGAACAGGAGCCUUCGGUUACUUCGAAGUGACACACGACGUCUCCAAGUAUACAUAUGCAGAUGUCUUCAAUGGAGUGGGCAAGAAAACACCAUUGGUUGUUCGAUUUUCAACUGCAUUACAGAACGCAGGAGGAACUGAUUUCGCUAGAGAACUGAAGGGGAUGGCGAUAAAAUUUUACACGAAAGAGGGAAACUUAGACCUUUUAUGCAUAUCAUCACCUGUCUACCUGUACAGAGAUCCAUUGUUGUUUUUAGAUUUGGUUCAUGCUACAAAGAGAAAUCCACAGACUAAUUUGUUCGACGCCACGAGCCGUUAUGACAUCAUAACUUUAAAACCUUCAAAUAUUCACCAGUUCUUUUGGACAAUGUCUGAUUAUGGAAUAACGGAUGGAUACAGAAAAAUGGAUACUUUCCCCAUCCAUACUUUUGAACUUUCAAACGAACAUGGAGAGACUCAUUACGUCAGAUUCAACUUCAGAACCGAACAGGGUUUUACUCCACUCACAACUGCUCAAGCGGCCGCGAUUCAAGCUCAAGACCUAGAUUAUUUCACCAGAGAUUUGUACAACGCGAUUGAUUCAGGAGAGUAUCCUGCUUGGAAACUUGAGAUGGAUGUGAUGACGUUGCAUGACAUACAAAAAUUGGACUACGAUCCAUUUGAUGUCACAAGACUGUGGAAGAAUGGUACAUUUUUCACCGUGCCAAUAGGUAGGUUGGUGUUAAACAAAAAUGUGGAAAAUCAAUUCAGAGACAUUGAACAAGCUGCAUUUAAUCCCGGACAUUUAGUACCCGGUAUUCCUGGGCCAGUGGACUAUUUGUUCCGAGGAAGAAGAAUGUUCUACAGAGAUACUCAAAAUUACCGUUUGGGGAGAAACAAUAAUAAGAUUUUAGUAAAUAUGCCAUUGUACGAGAAGACGUAUGUGCGAGAUGGAAGACCACCGACUAGGAUGAACAUGAAGAACGCUCCUAACUAUCGUCCUAAUUCAUUCAAUGGGCCACUUCCAUAUGUGGAUGAACACAGGCCGUGGAAGAAGUUGCAAGUUUUAGAAAGUAAUGCUGUUGAUUUGGAGCCAGCAUGGUAUUUCUAUAACUUCAUUCUUGAAGACGAUGCUCACAAACAGAGAUUUAUUGCAAAUCUUGCUAUGACUCUUGUGCCAGUCACACCACCGGUGAUUCAAAGAGUGUUUAAGAUUUUACAUCUGAUUGAUGAAGACUUAGCUACCCGCACUAUGGCGGCUUAUGAAGUAGGAGUUGCACAGGCUAUGGCUGAGCAAGCAGCAGCAGCUACACCUUCUGUGACACCUAAGAGGAAUUAUCCAACCUCAGAAGGACCUCCUAAGCACAACGACACAAAAAGUGUUUAUCGAUUAGGCAUACACCAAGAGCACAUCAUCAUCAUUGAUUGA